AUGUCUAAAGGACCAGCAGUAGGCAUUGACCUGGGCACCACAUAUUCCUGUGUGGGCAUCUUCCAGCAUGGAAAAGUGGAGAUCAUAGCUAAUGAUCAAGGAAACAGGACCACGCCCAGCUAUGUGGCCUUCACAGACACUGAGAGACUGAUCGGAGAUGCCGCCAAGAACCAGGUGGCCAUGAACCCAGCCAACACUGUAUUCGAUGCUAAGCGUCUGAUUGGUCGUAAGUUUGACGACCCUGUGGUGCAGUCGGAUAUGAAGUACUGGCCCUUCAAGGUUGUAAACGACUCAACCAAACCCAAGAUGGAGGUUGAGUACAAAGGUGAGAUCAAGACCUUCUUCCCUGAGGAGGUUUCUUCGAUGGUCCUCACCAAGAUGAAGGAGAUCUCCGAAGCUUAUCUUGGGAAGACGGUCAACAAUGCAGUCAUCACGGUUCCUGCUUAUUUCAAUGACUCCCAGCGUCAAGCCACUAAAGAUGCUGGAGUCAUUGCUGGGCUCAAUGUGCUGCGCAUCAUCAACGAGCCAACUGCUGCGGCCAUUGCUUAUGGCCUGGACAAAAAGGUUGGCAGUGAACGUAAUGUCCUCAUCUUUGACCUCGGGGGUGGUACUUUUGAUGUGUCCAUCCUGACUAUCGAGGAUGGCAUCUUUGAGGUCAAGUCCACAGCCGGUGACACUCACUUGGGCGGUGAGGACUUUGACAACCGCAUGGUCAACCACUUCAUUGGUGAGUUCAAGCGCAAGUUCAAAAAGGAGAUCAACAACAACAAACGGGCUGUGCGACGUCUGCGCACCGCCUGUGAGCGUGCUAAGCGCACCCUCUCCAGCAGCAGCCAGGCCAGCAUCGAGAUCGAUUCACUCUACGAAGGAACGGAUUUCUACACUUCAAUCACCAGGGCUCGUUUUGAAGAGCUAAAUGCCGACCUGUUCCGUGGAACCCUUGAUCCUGUGGAGAAGUCCCUGAGGGAUGCCAAAAUGGACAAGGCCCAGAUCCAUGACAUUGUCCUGGUCGGUGGCUCCACACGAAUCCCCAAGAUUCAAAAGCUACUGCAGGACUUCUUCAAUGACCGCGAACUCAAUAAGAGCAUCAACCCUGAUGAGGCUGUGGCCUAUGGUGCAGCUGUGCAGGCGGCCAUCUUGGCUGGUGAUAAAUCUGAGAACAUCCAGGACCUUCUCCUACUGGAUGUGACGCCCCUGUCCCUGGGAAUUGAGACCGCUGGAGGAGUGAUGACUGUCCUCAUAAAGAGGAACACUACCAUCCCCACCAAGCAAACCCAGACCUUUACUACCUAUUCAGACAACCAACCUGGUGUGCUCAUUCAGGUAUUUGAAGGUGAGAGAGCCAUGACCAAGGACAAUAACAUUCUUGGCAAGUUUGAGCUCACUGGUAUUCCACCUUCCCCCCGAGGGGUCCCUCAAAUCGAGGUGACCUUUGACAUCGAUGCCAAUGGAAUUCUCAAUGUGUCUGCCGUGGACAAAAGCACUGGAAAGGAAAACAAGAUCACCAUCACCAAUGACAAAGGACGGCUGAGCAAGGAGGACAUUGAGCGCAUGGUGCAGGAGGCAGAGCUUUUCAAGGCUGAGGACGAGGUCCAGAAAGACAAGGUUACAGCCAAGAACUCCCUUGAGUCUUUGGCUUUCAACAUGAAGAGCACUGUGGAGGACGAGAAGCUGCAAGACAAGCUCAGUCCUGAGGACAAAAAGACCAUUGUAGACAAGUGCAACGAAAUCAUUGCCUGGCUGGACAAGAACCAGACGGCAGAGAAGGAGGAGUAUGAUCACCAGCAGAAGGAACUGGAGAAAGUUUGCAACCCUAUCAUCACAAAGCUGCACCAGGGCGGUAUGCCUGGAGGGAUGCCUGGUGGAUGCCUGGUGGAAUGCCUGGUGGUUUCCCUGCAGGAUUCAGUGCUGGCAAAAUACGUAGACCGUUUUCGCCAUGGUCAGCCACAGAGCCGAGAGGAGCGCCAGCAAGAGCAGAUGCCUUUCUGGUGGAGGCCGCCCUCAUCUUUACCUCCCAGUUCAACACCAACUAAAAGAGCAGAAAAAGAUCAGGUCAUCCAGCCUCUGAGAGAAGAUCAUGUGUCUGACAUUUUCAGUCCAGUUGGACAGCGUCAACAUAUCAGAACCUCUUCUCCAUGCAAAGAGUCUCUAAGUUCAGAUACUUCCCAGGGUGAAUUUGAUGAUUCAGAGAUACUUCACAUUCAGGACAGGGCCGGCAGACUCCUGCUGAGAGGGCAUGAAGACCAGGAAUGCAGUCUGAGUGAUGGAUCUGUCCCUGUCAGCUCAGAGGGACUCGGCUGCUCAGAUUUCUCUUCUCCGGUCAGGAUAGAUGAGCCGUUGCAAAGACCUUUGAUUCCAGGUUUUAUUACAUCUACCACUGCGAAGAUCAGCUCAUACUCAAGUCAAGCCGUGAGCGCCCAAACAUCUGUCAUUCCCUCUUUGAGGCCUCCCACACGCCCUGAAGAGGACAUCUUGUUCCAGUGGCGCUUAAGGAGAAAGAUGGAGCAGGCCAGGGAGUGGCCUCAGUCCCUGCAGCACUCCAGUCAUCAUGGUACCAGGGUUAACUGGCCGGCUUCCAGUUUACGCCAUCCCUCAGCUGGUGAACAUGUGUACAAGCACCAACAACAUUCUCAACUUCCUGAAUUCUCUCAAAAAGAUUCUCAUUCUCUCAUCACUGCUCCGCUGCCAGAAGCCAAAGAAGCCCUCACAACGCUUCCCACAGCUUCAGGUCCACCUCCCUCCCCUGCGUUUGUUGUCUCUGGCUCUUCUGUGUCUCAGCAGCAGACUCUUUCCCGUGUUCCAGCCCACAUGCAUCUACUCUGCGAUAUCUUGCCCUGUCCCAUUCAGUCAUCUCAUGCUGGCGCAAAACAAAACAUUUCACAGAGGACAGAUGAAUUCCACAACAAAGUUGUCUGUAAAAAGACCCAAGUCCCUGAUAACCGAACAGGUAACUUCACUGAAGAGCCUAUUCGUGAACGUUCAUCAUCCUUAAGUGCUUCAUCUGGAGAUGAAGAAGAGUUGCCUCUUCACAAUAAAGGUUCUGAGUCUAACAAGAAAGCUCAGACAAAAGAGUCAGAGAGGAGGACAGCAGCGACCAUUCGAAAGCAAAAGAAAUCAACAAGAUAUGCUGUGGCCAAGGAACGUACCGAUGUCCCGAGCUCCACGAAGAGGAGUUCUUCACAGCGGAGACUUCCCAAAAAGGUAAUGCCUUUGGUAGAGCUGCAGCAACAGGAGCGGAGCCAGAGGUUUUCCGCUGGGAGCUGCGCUGGUGAACACGCACCACCACCUUCUCCAGUCCACAGGGCCUUAGGAAAGGUAGUUUCAGAGGUCCUCUUUCCUACGAUGGAUUCAUCAACUGCUCGAGGUUCUCCUGAUUGUCCGGCUUCUCCUCCUUUCACCUCCCCUGCACUGCCACGAUCCACAGUUCCUCUGUGUAACGCGCAGAACUCUGUGGAGGUCAUUUCACAGCUGCUGCAAGACGCUGAAGAUUCAGAUGAAAAGGAGUUUAAAGACGACACUUUAAUACAAGUCCUUCGCAAACAAAGAAAAUGGGUGAAAGAGCAAAUCAGUGAAGUGGAAUCUUUGCUGACGGAAUUCCCGGACGAACAACAAGUUACAUCCAGAGGCACAUGACACAAACACUUUUUUAAAUUUUUAUAAAAGAAAUAAAGUUUAUUUGUUCUUUCCACAUUAAA